AUGAACAAAGCUCACAGAAUGAGAAACUAUUUGCAGUUUCUUUAUCCUCAGAUCUUGUGCAUUAUUUUUGUGUGUGUUCCAUAUCUAGUUCAAACAAAAUCCACUAUUGAACCGUGCAGUUCCUCAGACUCUUGCCCCUCCCUUCUCUCUUAUCUCUUGCCUUGGGAAUCCAAGGUCUCAGAAAUUGCAACUCGCUUCAACGUAAAUGUUUCUGAUAUCUUGGCUGCAAACUCUGUCUUUCCUAUAACACCAUCAAGUGCAAAUGAAAUCCUUUGUGCGAAAUCAUUGGUGAAAAUACCCAUUUCAUGUAAUUGUGUCGAUGGCAUAAGAAGGUCUCUGCCAACCAUUUACACUGUUCAUGCAGCUGACACACUUGCCUCCAUAUCAGAAGGUUAUGGCGGGUUAGUUAGUGCAGAACAAAUUAAGAGUGUGAACAACAUCAAUGGCACUAACCCUUUGACAUAUGAAGGGACCCUUGUUAUACCACUGCCAUGCACAUGUUUUAACAAUGAGAACAAUGGGGUAGCCACAAUUUAUAUGUCAUAUGUGGUGGAAAGAGGGGAGAGCUUGGGAAGCAUAGCAGCAGUGUUUGGUACCACUGUUUCAGACUUGGAAACUGUAAAUGGGCUUGGAGAAGCAGAAGUAGAUCUGGGAGACAUACUUUCUGUUCCAAUUGCAGCAUGUUCAUCCGCAACUCUGAAUUGGUACAAUGACAAUCUAAUAGUCCCAAAUGGCUCGUAUACUUUAACAGCCAGCAACUGCAUCAAAUGCACUUGUGAACCAAUUGAUCUCAAGAUGCGAUGUUUUCCUUCUGGGCUGGAUAUCCCCUGCUACAAUUUACGUUGCAAAGGAUCCAAACUUGUAAUUGGGGACGAACAUGUGAAACAUUCAAAAACUGGUUGCAAUGUAAGCCAGUGUGUUUACCGAGGCCAUAGGGGUGGCAAAAUUCUGAGUAGUAUAAUGAACUCUUCUUACGUCCAAUGCCCGGGUAAUAAUUACUAA